AUGUCGCAUUCUAGGAAGCGUGUUUAUCCGCAGGCACAGUUUCAAUAUGGACAGUCUCCCGUCCAAGGUCCGGUGGGCACUCAACCAAACGUGGGAUCUCAGUUUCAAACACCGGUAACCGAACAACAAGCGCAGUUCAUGACGCCAGCGCAACAGCAACUUCAUCAGCAAAUCGGUCAGGCAACUCAAUCUAUGGGGAAUAUGCAGCUGCACAAUGUUCCAAUGGUUGAUCCCAACGGAACUUACCAGCAACCUCCUAUCCAGCAAACGUUCUCCCCACAACAAGGUGUUGCUGUGAAUGGAGCCAUGAGUCCUGCUGUGGGUGCGUCAAUGGGUGCUCCGAUGGGUGCUCCGAUGGGUGCUCCGAUGGGUGCUCCGAUGGGUGCUCCGAUGGGUGCUCCGAUGGGUGCUCCAAUGGGUCUUGGUGACGGCGUUGCUGCUGCGAACCCGCCGUACGGCCAACCAAUGUCUGUUGGGAGACCCAUGAACCAACUGUAUCCGGUCGAUUUGCUCACAGAGUUACCACCACCCAUCACCGAUUUGUCGCUACCACCACCACCUCUUCUGGUUCAACCUGAGAAAUUCGUGGUUCCUGUUGAAACGGCAAACGCGCAACCUCAGUUCGUGAGAUCUACACUGAACGCAAUGCCCAAAUCGAACUCUUUGUUGAAAAAAUCGAAAUUACCUUUGGCACUCGUUAUUAGACCUUACCAGCACCUCCAGGAUAAUAUCGACCCUGUUCCCCUUAACACCGACGGGUUGGUGGUUCGUUGUCGCAGAUGUCGCUCCUACAUGAACCCAUUUGUGACGUUUUUGGAAGGUGGCAGAAGAUGGCGUUGUAACUUCUGCAACCUUGCCAACGACGUUCCAAUGUUGUUUGACGUUAACCAACAAGGUGCCCCUGUAAACAGAUAUGAACGUAACGAGAUUCAACACGCGGUUGUCGAAUAUUUGGCUCCUAAGGAAUAUGCCGUCAGGCAACCUCCACCUUCGUCUUACGCGUUCGUGCUUGAUGUCUCUCAAAAUGCCAUAAAAAAUGGGCUACUUGCUUCCACUGCAAGAACAAUUUUGGAGACAUUGGAUUCUUUGCCCAACCAUGACGAAAGAACUCGUAUUACCAUCUUAGGUGUCGAUAACGCAAUUCAUUAUUUUUCUAUUCCUCUUGAUGAGGACGGUAAUGAUAUCAAGAUGAUGGAUGUGGUUGAUUUGGACGAGCCAUAUCUGCCUUUGCCCUCCACUUUAUACGUGCCAUUGAAGGGAUGUAGAUCAAACAUCGAAAAGCUUUUGACCCGGUUGCCAGAAAUUUUCCAAUUUAAUAUUAUGUCAAAAUUCGCCUUGGGGCCAGCACUGAAAUCUGCAUUCAAUCUAAUCAAAGGUAUUGGUGGUAAGAUCAUUGUUGUUUCUUCUACUUUGCCCAACGUCGGUAUUGGGAAACUUCAAAGAAGAAAUGAGUCCGUCGUUGCCAAUACUUCGAAGGAGUCUGCUCAGUUGUUCAAUUGCCAGGAUGCAUUCUACAAGAAUUUUACUAUUGACUGUAACAAGAACCAAGUUACCAUUGACUUGUUUUUAGCUUCAGAAGACUACAUGGACGUUGCUUCCCUUUCGAAUUUGUCCCGCUACACCGGUGGUCAAACUCAUUUCUACCCUGGCUGGACAGCUGCCAAGUUGCCAGACGUGGCCAAAUUCACCAAGGAAUUCUCCAAACAUUUGUCGAUGGAUUUGUCGAUGGAGGCCGUUAUGAGAGCUCGUGGAUCUUCUGGAUUGAGGAUGUCACGCUUUUAUGGACAUUUUUUCAACAGAUCUUCCGAUCUGUGUGCAUUCCCAACUUUCCCCAGAGAUCAAUCUUACGUUUUUGAAAUCAGCAUUGAUGAACUAAUGGUGCGCGACUACGCAUACCUACAAAUUGCAGUCUUGUUAUCCUUGAACACGGGACAACGUAGAAUUAGAGUCAUCACUUUGGCGAUCCCAACCACUGACUCUCUAGCUGAAGUCUAUGCAUCAGCUGAUCAACUUGCCUUGUCUGCAUAUUUUACGCAAAAAGCAGUCGAGAAGGCUUACACCAAUUUGGAAGAAUCGCGUGAAUUCCUGAAUCGCACAGUGCAAGAAAUUUUGGGCACUUAUAAGAAGGAAAUUGUUGUCUCGAACACCGCAGGCGGCGCUCCUUUGAGACUCUGUGCUAAUCUCAGAAUGCUUCCUUUACUCAUGCACGCGUUGACAAAGCACAUGGCGUUCCGUGCCGGAAUUGUGCCAAGUGAUCACCGUGCCGCUGCGCUCAAUAAUUUGGAAUCCAUACCGCUGCCUUAUUUGAUAAAGAACAUCUACGCAAAAGUGUACUCUUUGCAUGACAUGUCCGAUGAAGCAGGUCUCCCCAACGAAAACGGCGAAAUUGUCCUACCCGAGCCAAUUAACGCAACUUCUUCUUUGCUUGAGAGAUACGGGUUGUACUUAAUUGACAAUAGCAGUGAACUGUUCUUGUGGGUUGGUGGUGACGCUGUCAACGAGUUGACGCUCGAUGUAUUCGGUACUCCAAAUAUUCUCGAUGUCGCGAUUGGUAAACAAGAGCUACCGUUUUUGGAAGACUCCGAAUUCAACUUGAGAGUCAGAAACAUCAUAUCUAAGAUAAGAGAACACGAUGACGUGAUCACAUAUCAAUCUCUCUACGUUGUGAGAGGCGCUUCCUUGAGUGAACCGGUUAACCAUGCCUCUGCCAGAGAAGUCGCUACUCUUAGAUUAUGGGCUUCAAGUUCUCUUGUUGAAGACAAAAUUCUCAACAGCCAGUCCUACCGCGAAUUUUUGCAAAGCACCAAAACCAAAAUCAGCAAAUAG